GCUAUGGCUGUACUCACAAACUGAGGAUCUGUCCUGAAGACAUGCCAGAAUAACAUUGCAAUUGUUAUUUUUAUAAAAUUCUGCAAGAAAGUUCUAAUUCUCAACCACUGCCUUCGAGCAGCUGCCCACUAGUAACCUGUUCUUGUUAAUAAAAAAUGAACCACAUGAAGUAACAUAUUGAUCUGGUAUCCCAUAGGAAAGCCCUUCAUUUUAUUCUCUUUUAUUAACAGGAAUUAAAUAAAUGAAGAUAAUUCACUUUUUUCAUGUCCUGCACGUUUGCCUAAAAUGGCCGAGCAAAAUUCUCCUUCACUAAUUCAAGUUGUAAAACAAGUUGCAGAGCAGCAGCAUUCCCAGGUGACAGAGAUAGAAAAAGCCAAAACAGUUCUUUUCCAAUUACAGGCAAAGUUCCAGGAACUAGAAAAAGAAAUGGAUUCUAUUCUGUUAGAAACAAGGACAACAGAAAGAGAAAUAUAUCUGCGAGAUGAUGCCAUAGAAAUGAUAAAACACCACUGUGAAAAUGUGGAAGCUGAAGUUAAAGCCCUGUAUUCUGAAAAUUUAAAGCUGAGGCUUGAUGCAGAAACAGUACAAGAUGAGUUUGAGAUGACAUUUGCAAGAAAUAAUGAAUAUCGGGAAAAAAUAAAGGCUCAUAAACAUCUCUUUUGGGAGAUGGAAAGUAAAAUGCCAGUGAUGAUUGAGCUUGCUAAAAAGAAAGCUGUUGUUCUAGAAUUAAAGACAAAGAAAGAGGAGUUAAUGCAUGAUCUCCAGAAUCCAGAAGGAUCUGUUAUAAAACAAGUGCAGGAAGAAAUUACGCUUUUACAAAGGGAAAUCAUGACAUUGAAAGAGUGCAUCAGUAAUAAAAUAGAUUUGCUUGACAAAGAGAGAAAAAUGCAUGCUAAGCUUAGAAAAGAAAUUGAGGUACAGAAUAAAAGAUACGAUGCUAUUCUAAAACGUCUGCAUUCCCAGCUGAACAAACUCCAUUCAAAUAAAAGACAAUGGCACUGGAACAUUCAGCAGCUGGAAAAGAGGGCAGCAGAACUAAGGAAGUGUCUUGGAGUAGCGGUGUUACAAAGUAGCAUGUAAAACAAACCUAACAAAUCUACAAUGUGGGUAACC